AUGUCAAAAUCAUCAGCAGCCUGCUUCUAUUCACAUCAGCCUCGGCCUCUUCCCAGGUGUUACGACGAAGCUUAUUACCCCUCUCCUUGCCUGAGCACAUCCAAAUCGAAGCUUGACCACGGCCGCAAGCACUCUACUUGCAAACCCAUAGCGGUGCAUCAACCACAGGAGUCACAUCUUGAUCGACUAGAUUAUAGACCCAGCUUUCCAACUUUGGCGGAGCAAGGCCAAAUAAAAUGCCAACUGCGUAAUCGCCUACGCGGCGGUCUCUCUACUAUGACCAGCCUACCUGAAGAUUUCCCCUUCUGUCAUGGAGUACGAAAACAUGAGAAAACGAAAACGGAAUUCGUGUCAACGGAUCUCUCUUUUGAGUUCCAGGAAGUCUUCAAUGUCUCUACUCCUGGUGGAUAUGGAUCGAAGUGGUCGGUUGUGGUAUCUUUUUCGGAUCCUCGUGCUUCUGGAAGCCCUUUCUGUUGGAGGAUACAUUAUCCAAGGAGCAGCAGGAAUUCAAUGAAACCCCCUGUACCCAUUGCCCAAGUUAAUGUGCACCAAUCUGUUAUACAUAGCACUUCUUAUGGGCGUUUCAUCCGGAAAGACCCUACUGUCAUUCUUCAGGCUCUGUCCAUGUCUCUAGAGCUCGGCGUCUUGGUCAAUAUUUCUCAAUUGUCUCCAUCCACUUACGUCUCCGAUUCGGAGUCCAUCACUAUCAUAUACACCGGAACGUCUACGACUGGAGAACAGACGCUUCUACAUUCGGUCAUUUGCCCGCGGAGAUGA